AUGGAAGGACCGAGCAAGCUCACUGCAUCAGUCACUGCACUGCAGCUCAGGUCACUGCUGCCGAGCGCUGCCUACGCCGCUGCCGUGAGCACCUACUACGUCGUCUCCGAGAGCACUGCCAACGCUGCCGCAGUACGCACCUUUUACACCGCAGCCAAGAGCGCUGCCAACGCUGCCGCUGCGAGCGCUGCCUACGCAGCUGCCGUGAGCACCUGCAACUUCUACGUCGCCGCCGUGAGCGCUGCCUACGCCGCUGCCGUGAGCACCUACUACGUCGUCGCCGAGAGCACUGCCAACGCUGCCGCAGUACGCACCUUUUACACUGCAGCCAAGAGCGCUGCCAACGCUGCCGCUGCGAGCGCUGCCUAUGCAGCUGCCGUGAGCACCUACUACGCCGCCGCCGAGUGCGCUGCCUGCGCCGCUGCUGCCUACGCCGCUUCCCUGAACACCUACUACGCCGCCGCCGAGUGCGCUGCCUGCGCCGCCGCUGCCUACGCCGCUUCCCUGAACACCUACUACGCCGCCGCCGAGUACGCUGCCUGCGUCGCCGCUGCCUACGCCACUUCCCUGAACACCUACUACGCCGCCGCCGAGUGCGCUGCCUGCGCCGCCGCUGCCUACGCCGCUUCCCUGAACACCUACUACGCCGCCGCUGAGUACGCUGCCUGCGUCGCUGCCGUAUGCGCUUCCAAGCUGUGCUCAUCACACCAUUGCUGA